GGCAGGAGAUUUUGUCAUUUGGUUUUAACCAAAAGAUUCUAAUAUUAACUGAAAGUCUUUCUCGCCAUGCUAAGCAGUCCCCUGCAGCGCUCCUGAGCUCUGGAUGGUCUCAUCUGGAUGGGAAGAAAGGUUUGCCCUUAACUCAAGCUAAAACCUCAUGGAGACAAGGGCUGCUGUCAGAGGGUGGCUCUAACCCAGCAGGCUGCUGAAAGGACCCACAGGCCAGUGAUCAGGGGCUCGGCUCAGCACGAAGGCAGGACAAUGGCGGAUGAGGGUAUCUAUGAGAACAUGGAGAUGAUGGAAGCUGCUCGCCAGCCCAAAGGAAACCCUCCCCAGACAUCGGUCCCUUGGCGGCACAGGACGCGGGGCAUCGUCACUGCUGUCCUUCUCCUUCUGAGUCUGGCCCUGGCCACAUCCCUCCUUGCUGUGAUGCUUCUAUAUCUCCGGGCACAGAGCAAGCUGCAAGCGGUUGAAGAAGCGGCGCAGAAGCUCCAAGUCUCUCUGCAGCCUGACAACGCCUCGGACGCGUCAGCAAAGGGAUCGGACAGUCUGCAGCUACUGGAUGAAGCGCAGGCAGGAGUCCAGCUGCUGAAAGCCGAGCUGGGUAACGUCAGUGCAGCGUAUGGAGAAAUCCAGAUCCGUCUGGACCACUUCAGUGCAGCAUAUGGAGAAAUCCAGAUCUGGCUGGACAACGGCAGUGCAGCGCGAGUAGCAGUGCAAGGUCACUGCAGUGACAUGCUGACAAAGGUCUCCAGGGGCUGGAGGUUUUUCAAUGGGAACUUCUAUUACUUUUCACAAGAAAGGAAGUCGUGGGAUGAGGCCGAGCGGUUCUGUGUGUCUCAGGACUCGCACCUGACCUCUGUCUCCUCCCAGGGAGAACAGGAGUUUCUCUCCAACGAGACCAAGGGACAAGAUCACUGGAUUGGACUCACCGACCGGGAGACAGAAGGCAGCUGGCGCUGGGUGGAUGGCACAGAAUACAAAGCAGACGCAAGCAGGGGGUUCUGGGCGGAGAAUCAGCCAGACAACUACCAUCAGGGGAUUGGAGGCAGAGAAGACUGUGUUAAGAUACGCCCAAGGAAGCUGAAUACGUGGAAUGAUGCCAACUGCUCUCUGCCUUCUAGGUGGAUUUGUAAGCAGGCCCAUGGACAGGCUGGGCUGUGACAUGCAGGUCUCAGAACCUCAGAAAGCGCCUUAAUUUCCAAGCUAUGCAGCAUGUUUUCUAGCCACCUGCCGAUGAGGAGCCCUGUACA